UCACACUCUGCGCACUGAACGUCUGAACAUUGCGGCUACGGUUUAACGAAACCCUACUUUCUCUUUCCUUUUUCUAUCCUCUUUUAAUGUUCAUAGAUCUCUUAUUUUUGGAUAGUAAUAAUGGUUAAAUAGUUCAGUUAAGGGUUAAUUUUUCUGACAUACGCGAAAGCUAGGGUUUUGAUUUGGAAUGGCGACACUGAAUCCGUUUGAUUUGCUGGGGGACGAUGAUUCGGAAGACCCGUCGCAGCUGAUUCAGAAGAUUGAGCCGAAGAAAGCAACACUGGCUCCCGCGGCUAAGCAACAGGCGCAGCAGCCGAAUAAGCCGGCUUCCGCUAAACUCCCGUCCAAGCCUCUCCCACCAGCUCAGGCUGUCAGGGAGGGAAAAUCUGAAUUUGCAAGAGGAGGCCGCGGUGGUAGACGUGAAUAUGGGCAUGGACGUACUGGUGGUAGUGGGUAUAACAGAGAAUCAAGCAACAGUGAGAAUUCAUACAAAAACAGGGAUUUUUCUGGUGGAAUAGUUGCAAACGAAGGGCCUGAUACAGGAAAAUCUUCCGAGAGGAGUGGCGGUGGCUUUGGCGGUCCUCGUGAUCCUUUUCGUGGUGGUCGUCGAGGUGGUUUGAGAAACAGCUAUGUUGGGGAAGGGGAACAGGAACGGGAACGGGAACGGCCUCGAAGGGUGUUUGAUCGCCAUGAUGGAUCUGGUCAUGGAAAUGGUAUAAAACGUGAAGGAUCUGGCCAAGGGAACUGGGGAACUCAGACUGAUGAACUCACUCGAGUCACCGAAGAAGUUAAUGAAGGUGAGAAAAAUCUUAACGUUGAGAAGCCUGCUGUAGAGGAUGAUGCAGCGAAUGGGAACACAGAAACUCCUGCAAAAGAAGUUGAGGAGAAGGAUCCUGAGAAUAAGGAGAUGACACUAGAAGAGUAUGAGAAGGUUCUGGAAGAGAAAAGGAAGGCUCUUCAGUCUCCUAAAAUUGAGGAAAGGAAAGUUGACGUGAAAGUGUUUGAAUCCAUGCAACAACUUGCGAACAAGAAAAGCAGUGAUGAUAUAUUCAUCAAAUUGGGAUCUGACAAGGAUAAGAGGAAAGAGUUAGCUGACAAAGAAGAGAGAGCUAAGAAGUCUGUCAGCAUCAACGAAUUCUUGAAGGUUGCUGAGGGUGAGAGUUACUAUAGUCAUGGUGGUCGGGGGCGGGGCCGUGGACGUGGGCGUGGUUCCCAAGGAGGUUACAGUGGAAGUAGUCAUAUACAAGCACCUUCAAUCGAAGACCCAGGCCACUUCCCUACAUUGAGUGCCAAAUGAGGUGUCCUCUUACUAUUUUAUCUCAAAUUCUCCCAGUGUGGCAGGAUUAACUAGAAUAAUGGUGUUUUUAUAUAAAAUGGUUCCUAAAGUUUAUCAUUAAA